AUGAACCUGAAUGCGCCCGCAACGCGCGAGGAAAUUGUCGCCCUCUACCAAAAUCCCAUACUCGACCUCGUGUACCGCGCCGCGACCGUCCAUCGAGUACACCACGACCCGCGGCAAGUACAGGUCUGCACUCUGCUUUCGAUCAAGACCGGUGGCUGUCCUGAAAAUUGCAGCUAUUGCUCGCAGUCGGCCCACUUCGAUACGGGCCUCGAACGCCAAGACCUGCUGUCGCUAGACGCCGUGCGCGAAGCCGCUGAGCGCGCCGCGGCCGCUGGUAGCACGCGCUUCUGCAUGGGCGCGGCCUGGCGUCAAGUCCGCGAUGGCGUGGAGUUCGACCGCGUAUUGGACAUGGUGCGCACGGUCGCUGCCACUGGUAUGGAAGUCUGCUGCACGUUGGGCAUGCUCAACGCCGACCAAGCCCAGCGGCUGCGGGAAGCCGGUCUUCACGCGUACAACCACAACCUGGACACCGGGGAAGACUACUACCCCGAAAUCGUCUCCACCCGCACCUAUCGCGACCGCCUGGAAACCCUAGGCCACGUCGGUCGUGCCGGGAUUUCGGUCUGCUGCGGCGGCAUCUUGGGCAUGGGCGAAAUCCCCCAUCUCAAAAGGUCGCCCCCGGUUCGUGUGCAGAGGGUAGAACAAGGGGCCCGGGCACCGAGGCAAGCCGCAAUGCGUAAGGAAGAGCAGUGA